CAGAUAUAGUUUAUAGGUAUUUCGAGCUGAAUUUCUUUUAAGACAAAAACUUUUUAAAUGGUUUACGAAGAGUAUUCUUAAAAUUUCGAUUCGAAAAAUUGUCUUCAUAACAAAUUGCUUCCGGAUCGUAUAAAGUCAAAAUGAUUUCCUUUACUUUAAUUUGUCUGAUGUCUGCUUUGGUUGUAGUUAACAGUUACACUGCAAGAAUGGUGGUUCCUAACGUUGAGGGAAAAUGUGAUAUUAAAGGAAAAUUAAUCAAAUCUGAAGAAACUUACUACGAAGAAGAAAAAUGUGAGGCUUGGAUAUGCAGUGCACCUGUAAAUCCUGUAACCUAUGAACUGUUAGAAAAUGGAACAUUUCAGCCCAUUUAUGAUGAAAACGCAUACGUUGAAAUUUUGGGAUGUGGUGUAUCAACUAUAGAAAAAGAUGGAAAAAUUUGUCCUAUUCAAAGCAUUAAAGGCAAAUAUCCUGAAUGUUGCAAGGGAAGAAUCAUCUGUCCUUAGGGGUUUAUCUUUUAUAAUAUGUAAUUUCAUAUGAGUAAAUAUUUGAUUUCACGUAUAAUUUCAUAUAUUUGUAUU